UGCUUCAAUCUUUCAGUCGCCUCCAGAUUUGCGGGCGUUUCGUCGCCGUUUUUCAAUGUUUUGCUUAAAUAAAUCAUUAUUAUAUAUAUUUAAAGCAAUAUAAACUAUUUCGAGGCAUUUGUGUAAUAGUUAUAUUUGAAAAUGAGUUUCUUUGGGUUCGGACAAACCGCGGACAUCGAAAUUGUAUUCGACGAUGCUGACAAACGAAAAGUGGCCGAAGUUAAAACGGACGAUGGUAAAAAAGAGAAACUGUUGCUUUAUUAUGAUGGUGAAACUGUGUCGGGGAGGGUUAAUGUGACGCUGCGGAAACCAGGAUCGAAAUUAGAGCACCAAGGUAUCAAAGUUGAGCUUAUCGGUCAGAUAGAGUUGUUUUACGACAGAGGAAAUCAUCACGAAUUUAUAUCGUUGGUUAAAGAACUCGCUCGGCCCGGAGAUCUAUUGCAGCACACCUCCUAUCCGUUCGACUUUGCGAACGUUGAGAAACCCUAUGAGGUGUACACAGGAGCCAAUGUCAGGUUAAGGUACUUUUUACGAGCCACAAUAGUAAGACGUCUUACAGACAUCACUAAAGAGGUGGACAUAGCCGUUCAUACGUUAUGCAGCUAUCCCGAUGUACUAAACUCUAUAAAAAUGGAAGUAGGCAUCGAAGAUUGUUUACACAUAGAAUUCGAGUACAACAAAUCAAAAUACCACCUGAAAGACGUUAUAGUAGGUAAAAUUUAUUUCCUUCUCGUACGAAUUAAGAUAAAACACAUGGAGAUAUCUAUUAUAAAGAAAGAAACGACAGGUUCUGGACCUAACACCUUCACAGAGAAUGACACAGUUGCUAAAUAUGAAAUAAUGGACGGUGCACCAGUUAGAGGUGAAAGUAUUCCUAUUAGAGUAUUUUUGGCUGGCUACGAUCUAACUCCUACUAUGAGAGACAUAAACAACAAAUUUUCGGUAAGAUACUUUCUAAAUCUUGUUCUAAUGGACACAGAAGAUCGCCGUUAUUUCAAACAACAGGAAGUUACUCUGUGGCGGAAAAGUGACAAAUCACGACUUCCGCUACACAAUCCGCAUCAUCCUCAGAACUUAACGAAUUCGCAGCACUACCAAAUGGCUGUUUCCAGCGAAGAGAACUUGGCAAGAGGUAUUUCCCCAUCAAUGCCACCAGAAAGUGCAUUACAAAGAUCUAUUUCACCUCCAAUGCCAAAUGUUGAUAAACAUAACGGCCCCUCACAAAUGGAACAAGAAGAACCAGAUGUAUUACCAAACAAACUGUCAAGUACCCACAUCGAGAAUGAGCCCGAACAGGUUGAACAAGAAAAGACGAGUGAAAAGCCCAAACUAGCCGAAAAGCCACUAGAUAAACCACAACUCGAGGAAGUCCAGGAAGUGAAUAAUUCAGAGCAUAUCAAAGAAAAGCCACAGAAUGUUAGCAAACCUCAAAUUUCAAUAAAACCAUCAGUAUCGGAAAAACCUAUAGCCCAGAAAGUUGCCAUCGCCGAGAAACCGUUAUUGGCAGAGAAGCCCAUACUAGAAAAGCCCACUUUGGCCGAGAAGCCGGUGCUCUCACAGACGGAAAGUGUAGAAGCAGCUACGAGUCAAUAGCCUCGACAUAUGUGUGUCUCUGAACCCUGGGCUAGAUCAAUGAACUGUGUUUUCAUACUAAAAGCAACAAUUUAAAAUGCCCGAUAUUUAUUUGAUGGGUCUGUCUCAGUUUGCGAUAGCUUGAUUACUUUGCGAGUAAUGUAUCUGUAUUAGAUGAUAAUAAAAUCGAUAAAUUCAAAUUAUACAUAAAACCUUUAUAGUUUUAUACUAAAUUUAGUUAUACAAUUAUUUAUGCAGCUUUCUCAUAUAUAUUAACACUACGAUACACAUUACCAUCGUCAGCGACGGAUUAUUAGAUGAGAUUGUUAGGAUGUUUAUAAGGUGGUAUACACAUGUAUAUUUUUCCAGUUACUUGUAAUACAUUUGCAUAUGCAAUCUAAAUUUAUUUCUAACGAUAAAGAAAAUUUUAUGUCGUGCCAUUACGGUUAUUUAAUACUAACAAUAAGUAAUUAUGGUAUACAUAUCUAAAAUAAAAAAAAUUCCACCCAAAAUUUUUUAUGUGUACACUUGUAAAAUAAAUCGUGAUUUGAUUUUAGCUUGCCCGCCUUGUCAUAUAUUGUUUGACACCAAUAAAGUAUGGUGUCCGAGUGAUGGGUAAUCCCUGUUAUAUAUAAAUAAAUAAAAAAAAAUUAGCAAUAAUGCAUUGACAAGGGCUAUAAUAUGUAUAUUGGCGGAAUCAUAGAAAUAUUAAGAUUGUUGAUACAUUAAAAAUUAAAAAAAAAAAAAUGUUAAAUUAAUAUCAUAGUUUUAUUUAAUUUCUCAGUAGCACCAUUGCUGUCAACGGUCCCUACUGUGACUGAACAUGAUGAGAGGAAUCUUAACUUGUUAUAUGUAAAAAAUAUACUAAAAUAUGUAACUAGCUGUAAUAAGAUAUGGAAAUGUUAAUUGUGUAUUCUGUGUAUAGUUAUAUGGUUAAUUUAAGCAAUUUUAUGUUACAAUAAGAGUUGUAAAAAAUAUCAAUUAAAUGUAUCGUUCAUAGUAUAUGAGACCCCACGGGCUUUAUAUAGUUUUAUGUAAACCAGAAUGGAGUCUGUUUACUGAUAUCUGUUAUUCACAUUGAUUUAGAUCAUAUAAUUUCUAAGAGCGCAUGUCGAUUAUAUAAUAUUGUUAAUAAAAUAUAUAUAUAUAUAUAAAAUG